GGUCAAAAAAUAAGGAUGCACAGUGUGCCGCCAAUAGCAGUACUCUAAAAAAAGCAUAAAAAAUGUUGCGUCUACUUCUCUAAUUUUGAAUUAAAACAACCCUUUUCCUGCUCUUUGAAAAAAUGAAUACACCACCUCAGAAACGCGUUUAUCCUAAACUACCUGUGUGGAUUGUGGAGGAUCAUCAUGAUGUUGUGCAACACGUAUAUCGUGCCAUUGGCUCUAAACAUAUUCCAAUGAAAGGCAUUAAGAUGGUCCAUUUGGACUCCCACCCUGACCUUCUCAUUCCUGUGAACAUGCCUGCUGACACCGUGUAUGACAAAGAGACACUGCUCAGUGAGCUGAGCAUUGAGAAUUGGAUCAUGCCGAUGGUCUAUGCCGGACACAUUUCCACCGUUGCCUGGCUGCAUCCGUACUGGGCUCAGCAAAUCAAAGAAGGGGAGCACACCAUGUGUGUAGGGAAAGAUACAUCCACCACCACCAUAAGAGUCACUAGCACAGACGAUUACUUUCUGAGUGAUGCGCUUUAUGUUCCACUGGAUCAGCUGGAAAACCCAAAAGAAUUAAACUUACACGUCAUUAGAGUAAAUCCCGUCAACACUUAUCCGAAAAAGGAGUGUGAAAAUGGACAAAGCGGUGCUAAAAUACCUAAAGCAUCUCCUACAGGACAUGUACAUGUGGAGGGUGCCGAACAAUCAGAAACAGAUUCCCCAUGCACUUCCUCUGGUCAUCCACAUAGUGGCAGCACUGCACCAGAAAACAGCAGUGACACAAUCACAAAAGCUGAUGAGGGGUCGACAAGCUACAUUACAAGCAGGCUUGUAUCAGUUAUAGAGCACAGUGACCCUUUUAUACUUGACAUUGACUUGGAUUUUUUCUCCUGCAAGAACCCUUUCAAGGAAAUGUAUACUCAGGAAGAGUUUGCCCUCCUGCAAGAGUUAUACAGCUUCACCAGGCCAGAUCAAGUGCUAGAUGAGGAGAAUCUCUUAGAUUGUGUGGAGAGACGCACUCACCAGCUUGAAGACCUGGAGGCUGCCUUUGGAGACCUGGUAGAGGAUGACAGCCAGGAAACUAUAGCUCGGUUAGCAGCAAACCCAGGAAUGAAACCUCUAGCCGGACUUGUACACAGCCUUAAGAAUCGAAAUGAAUCACCAGACUACGAAAUGGUGCAUCAAGCCGGCUUGACCUGUGAUUACUCAGAGCUACCUCACCAUAUCAGCAGUGAGGAGGAGAUCCAGCAAAUGAUCACGGCCGUGCAGCUUUUCCUAGAAGCCCUGCCUAAACCCACAAUAGUUACUAUAUCCAGAUCCAGUUUGGAUGAGUAUUGCCCAGCGGAACAAGUGGAAUCCAUUCAGAAUGAAGUAUUGAACGUUCUUCAGUCCCUCUUCGGCUCUCUAGAUAUUCACAGAGAAUAUCAAUCAAUACCGGCAGAGAGCACAUCACAGACCACAUGAGGGGAGAGAGGUUAAAAUUCAGCGCUGGCUGUGGCAUGUUCCCCAUCAUCGGCUGCCUUCAGACUGUCACCGUGAGGUUUUUUAAAACGUACUGAGAUGUGCCGAGAGCUCUGCGAUUGUCAGCAAUGAGAAGGUGCCCAACAAUGAGGGUUUGAUGGACGUGCAGAGAAGGAAAAGUGCAUUUCAAACUGUUAUGUAAUUGAUUGACUUGCCUUCAUGUGUUUCUACACUUAUUUUUAUCCUGUGAGAAAUAAAGUAAAAAGAAGUUUU